ACCCCUUACAAGUCGAUGUUGUUUUCUGCGGGCGCACGUGAUGUCGCGUCCACCCCAACACGUGAUGUCCAGCCACCACCACUUGUUCUUUCCUUCGCCACCUCCUCUCCUCUCCUCUCCUCCUCUUCCUACCCCUUUCCUCUCCUUCCCUCUCCCUCCUCCGAUCCAAAUGGCGCCUCCGCAAUCCGCUCCCCACGGUCUCCCGUAGCCACGGCUCGCCCCCUGUCCCUCACCCGCCGCGCCGCUCGCUUCUGUUUCAGGGAUGGCUUUGGGAGCUUGUCUCGAAGAGGCUUUGAGGUGAAGCUUCUGGACCAUCGCAGAGGGAAAUCUCAUGGUGCUGUCCAUGAGUUGCAUGAUCCAGCCCCAGUGAUCCAGAACAGUUGCUGGGCUAAUUUGCCUCCGGAACUGCUUCGAGAUGUAAUCGAGAGAUUGGAGGAUAGUGAAGCUACAUGGCCUCACAGGAAACAUGUAGUUGCUUGUGCAGAUGUUUGUCAAACCUGGAGAGAAAUGUGCAAAGAGAUAGUUAAGAAUCCAGAGUUUUCUGGAAAGAUCACUUUUCCUGUUUCCCUGAAGCAGCCUGGGCCUCGAGAUGGAACCAUCCAGUGCUUCAUCAAAAGGGAUAAAUCUACCCAAACUUACUACCUAUAUCUGUGUCUUAGCUCAGCUGUCCUUGUUGAAAGUGGCAAGUUCCUCCUAUCAGCAAAAAGAACCUCCCGUCCAACCUGUACAGAAUAUACAAUAUUCAUGAAUGCUCACAAUAUAUCUAGGUCAAGCAAAACAUACAUCGGAAAGCUGAGGUCAAAUCUCCUCGGCACAAAGUUUGCAAUAUAUGACACCCAGCUACCAUGCAAUGCAGCCAAUGUUUCACAACCAGGGAAAACAAGCCGUAGGUUCUACUCCAGGAAGGUGUCGCCAAAGGUCCCUUCCAGUACCUGCAACAUAGCACAGGUUUCAUAUGAGCUAAAUGUCUUGGGGACUCGAGGCCCUAGGCGGAUGAACUGUGUGAUGCACUCCAUCCCUGCCUCGUCCCUUGAGGCUGGUGGCACUGUCCCAUGCCAGCUGGACAGUGUCCUUGCCCGCUCGCUUGAUGAGCCAUUUGGCAGCAUUUCCUUCUCCAAGUCAUCUAUUAUGGAUCAUUCCAUGCAAUUCAGUAGCACACGAUUCUCUGACAUCUCAAUGAGCAGCCACAGGAUCAGAGACAUGACACUGGGUGACAAUGACGAGUGCAAGGAGAUGCCAUUGAUUCUCCGCAACAAGGCCCCAAGAUGGCAUGAGCAGUUACAGUGUUGGUGCCUCAAUUUCAGGGGCAGGGUCACCGUUGCAUCCGUCAAGAACUUCCAGCUUGUUGCUGCAACACAGCCCACCGCUCAGCCCACCGCUGGAGCCCCGAACCCAUCGCAGGCUGCCCCAGCACUGCCACCCGAGCACGAAAAGGUGAUACUGCAAUUCGGGAAGGUGGCCAAGGAUAUGUUCACAAUGGACUACCGUUAUCCGCUAUCAGCCUUCCAGGCCUUUGCAAUCUGCCUGAGCAGCUUCGACACCAAGCUGGCCUGCGAAUAAAGCUGUCAGUGCCAAAGCAUUGUCAGUGAUCAUGUAUCAUGAAGACGGUGGCCCUGAAAUUUUGCUGGGCCGCCAUUCUGUUGUAUGUUGUUGGUGUCUUCUUAACCUGUAGCUCCUUAGAAAGCAUGUUAGCCAUUUCCACCUGAUCUACAGCUGCUGUUGUGUGUCCCGAUUGCUUUGUUUUCAUUAGCUUUGCUCUGGAGUAGCACCUUGGCCUGCCCUUAACUAGCUGGCAGAUUUAAUUGGUUUUAUUAUGCUGCGGUUAUGUUAGCUGA